AACGAACGAUAUUCCCCGGAAAUUGAAGCGAGUAACGCCCCAUUCAGAUUGCAGUACUGUCGUCGUAUUUGACUCGUGUAAAAUGCUGAGAUGUCUCUCGAAACCAUCAUCACUCUGUCUCUGUUUCCUAGGAUGCACCAAUUUCUCCUCUCUGGCCCAGAAGCGUAAUUGCUUCUGGGCAUCAUCUCAUUUCACCCUUCUUCUCGCUCAAAGGCUACCACUUUCCUCAGGCAACAGCAUUCGAUUUCGAGUUAAUUGCCCUGUAGUAGUCAUCAGGCCCAUGUCCAUGUCAACCAGUGUAUGGUCUCCUGCAACUGAGGAAGUGGGGCAAUUGAAGCUCCUGAGUUCCGUGAAUGAUGAUUAUGGUGGGGUCAUUGCCGAGCUGAAAGAGCCCAUGGAGCCUAUCGCCUUUCUUUCUGUGCUGAGAGCUUCAAUCUCUCAUUGGAAGGAGCAGGGUAAGAAGGGUGUGUGGAUCAAAGUACCAAUUGAAUUUGUCAGUCUCGUUGAAACUGCUGUCAAGGAAGGAUUUUGGUUUCACCAUGCUGAGCCAAAUUAUUUGAUGCUUGCAUAUUGGAUUCCACAAAGUGCUCAUACCAUUCCAGCUAAUGCAACACAUAGAGUCGGUAUUGGAGCAGUUGUCAUGAAUGAGAAUAAUGAGGUGCUUGUUGUCCAGGAAAAGACAGGAAAAUUCCAAGGAACUGGUGUUUGGAAGUUUCCAACCGGGGUUGUUGAUGAGGGUGAAGAUAUUUGCGUGGCUGCAAUAAGGGAAGUUAAAGAAGAGACUGGAAUUAAUUCUGAAUUCGUAGAAGUCCUGGCAUUCAGGCAAAGUCAUCAAUCAUUUUUUCAGAAGUCGGAUUUAUUCUUUGUGUGCAUGCUGCGGCCCCUGUCGCAUGACAUCAAGAUGCAGGAUGUAGAGAUUGAAGCUGCUCGGUGGAUGCCCUUUGACGAAUACGCAGCUCAACCAUUCAAUCAAAAGCAUGAGCUUCUCAAGUACAUAAUUGACAUUUGCUCAGCAAAGAAAGACGGGAAGUAUAUUGGCUUCGCUCCAGUCCCAACUGCAUCGAGUUUCUCGACCGAGAAGAGCUUCUUGUAUUUGAACAAUCAUAGCCUGAGGCAGCGACAAUAAUCUUUUAACCCGUUAAACUAUAUCCAGUCCAUUAUUUUGCAUUAAAUUCAUUAAAUGGGUCGGGUCCUGCUAUUGGUGACAGUGGAGAUGAUUUUGUAAUUGGUGUAGAUUCGCUUUAUAAUAAAUUUAUAAAUGUAACUCACUCUCUACCAUGGGAACCGUGUCUGCUGUUUUGUUUAGAAAUGCCAUUUCAGAACUCAGCUAA